UGUGUCUUUGUGAGAUGCUGAUAAGUGUUUUGUAUUGAAAUCAAGAAGACGAAGAAACCCUUUUCAGAUGCAAUGCCUAAUGGCUGAUGGAGCUUUAAUUACUUUAGAUUCCGACGAUAUUUUAGCAACAGAACAUGUUUUAGCAGUCGGUAGAGAGUUUCCUGAUGUGGAAACUUGCAGAAGAACUUUGAAAGAUUUGGCUAUCGCUCUGCAUUUUGAUCUCCGUAUAGUGAAAUCAGAUCGUAGUCGAUUCAUAGCCAAGUGCUCUAAAGAAGGUUGUCCGUGGCGUAUCCAUGCCGCUAAAUGUCCAGGUGUUCAGACAUUUACGGUUAGGACGCUUAACAGUGAGCAUACUUGUGAAGGUGUCCGUGAUCUCCAUCAUCAGCAAGCAUCCGUUGGUUGGGUUGCUAGAUCGGUAGAGGCACGGAUUAGAGAUAAUCCGCAGUAUAAACCAAAGGAGAUAUUGCAGGAUAUACGUGACGAGCAUGGGGUUGCGGUUUCUUAUAUGCAGGCUUGGCGCGGGAAAGAACGAAGUAUGGCUGCACUUCAUGGGACUUAUGAGGAAGGGUACCGGUUUCUUCCUGCGUAUUGUGAGCAGAUUAAGUUAGUCAAUCCUGGGAGUUUUGCUUCUGUUUCUGCUUCGGGACCCGAGAAUUGUUUCCAACGGUUGUUUAUUGCGUAUCGAGCAUGUAUCUCCGGGUUUUUUAGUUCUUGUAGGCCUCUUCUUGAAUUGGAUAGAGCACACCUUAAAGGGAAGUACUUGGGUGCAAUCCUCUGCGCUGCGGCUGUUGAUUCGGAUGAUGGUUUGUUUCCCUUGGCUAUCGCAAUUGUCGAUAAUGAAAGCGAUGAAAACUGGUCGUGGUUUCUCUCAGAGCUGAGGAAGCUUCUUGGGAUGAAUACCGAUAGCAUGCCGAGGCUCACGAUACUCUCUGAGAGACAGAGCGCAAUCGUGGAAGCCGUGGAAACUCAUUUCCCAACUGCUUUCCAUGGGUUUUGUCUCCGUUAUGUUAGUGAAAACUUCCGGGAUACAUUCAAGAACACAAAGCUUGUUAAUAUCUUCUGGAAUGCGGUUUACGCGCUCACAGCAGCGGAAUUCGAAACGAAAAUUAGCGAAAUGGUUGAAAUAUCGCAAGAUGUUGUUCCGUGGUUCGAACUCUACCCUCCUCAUCUCUGGGCUGUAGCAUAUUUCCAAGGCGUGCGGUAUGGACAUUUCGGAUUAGGGAUCACAGAGGUAUUAUACAAUUGGGCUCUCGAAUGCCAUGAACUCCCAAUUAUACAGAUGAUGGAACAUAUCCGGCAUCAAAUAUCGUCUUGGUUCGAUAACCGCCGUGAGUUGAGCAUGAGAUGGAACUCAAUACUCGUGCCAUCUGCAGAGAGACGUAUAACGGAAGCAGUUGCGGAUGCACGGUGUUACCAAGUUUUACGAGCAAACGAGGUCGAGUUUGAGAUUGUGUCGACAGAGAGAACCAACAUAGUGGAUAUACGGACACGGGUAUGCUCAUGUCGUCGCUGGCAGAUCUACGGAUUGCCUUGUGCUCACGCGGCUGCAGCGCUGAUCUCGUGCGGUCGGAAUGUGCAUCUGUUUGCAGAACCGUGUUUCACAGUAUCAAGCUAUCAGCAGACGUAUUCACAGAUGAUUGGGGAGAUUCCGGAUAGAAGCUUGUGGAAGGAUGAAGGAGAAGAGGUUGGAGGAGUUGGGAGCUUGAGGAUACGACCACCAAAAACGAGGAGACCACCAGGUAGACCGAAGAAGAAAGUGGUUCGGGUUGAGAAUUUGAAGAGACCAAAGAGGAUCGUGCAAUGUGGAAGAUGUCAUUUACUUGGACAUUCUCAGAAGAAAUGCACACAGCCUAUUUGAUGAUAGACGGGUUCUUACAGUACUUUGUGUUUUCUUUUACCUUUCUUGUUUUGAUGUAACUUGUAAUGUUUAAAUUGCACUGUUUUUUGUAGAGACUUGUCUUCAAUGGAAAAAAUAGAUGAUGGGCUUAACUUAACCGGGCUUUGAAUAAAUUGAUCUGGUUCUU